AUGACAGUCGGUCAAGGGACUUUGUAUGCUUACUCUACCUACUUUUAUCUGCAGACAAUCCCUCGAACAGGGAACUACUUGGCUCGUUUCAGAGUAGGCGGAGCAAAAGUCGCCAGGGUCGCUCAACUCGAGAUGUGCCUGGAAUUAGCAUGGCGAUUGCGCUCACGCCGCGGCGAGGUGUUCUGCUUCGCUCAACUCAAUACCUCCUGCAUGUCCGCUUUGACUACGACCCUGGUCAUGCAGCUUGGAUUUCUGCUGGUCUCAUGGUUGGCUGCUCUCUUGGUUGCUCUGCCUGCUCGCAUGAACUAUCGUAUGCAUUGGGCUUCACGGACAAGGGCAACAGCUGUAUGCCGUGGUAUCCCAACUGGCGAGGCGGACAGGCUCAUGAUGGGACCAAGAGCUAGCUCAUGGUUCACCGCCAAAGACCAUUCGCUAUCGGCAAUGGUCUGCGGGUACCCUCCGCCACACCAAGACUCGGACUGGCCACUUCUACUCCUAAAUUCAAAUGGUCCCGAUCAACACGCCAAGGUGGUCUCGGACUUGGAUCUUGCAGCACGGAAUGUGAGACAUAAUCAACCUAAGAUGGCCUCUGUCGCUUUCGGCUGAGUCAACCUUGUGUGGAGUUGUGAUCAUACCGCAUUGUGAUUCACAUCAUCUGCGGCCUGGUUGGGUUGUACGACUAUCGCGAUAGACGCUGGCAACAGAAUGGAAUGUUACUUUCAGUUUGGCCUUCGCAAGACAACCCAACAGCCGUACCCGGGACAUUCCUUUACCUCUGGGUGUGUGGUCGAAUCUACGACGUCAAAUGCUAGCUGCACGAUGCAAGGAACAGGAACGGAGACGAAAGAGGCUCGCGAUGGAUGCAAGACUGGCCAAUACAGAGCUUUUGCGGGCAGCAGUUCGAUUUCCUGGAUGUGGAACACACAUAAAGACAGGGUUUUACAUACUCGCGCUCCAGACACAACAACCUUUGCGCAUCCAGACGGGAAAUGCCGC